AAAGCAUACAAAAAUAGAAUAAAAUAGCCAGCGGCGGUGGGCACCUCAUCGCAACCCGCCGUGGACCGUCGUGAUGGUCUGAGGGAAAUGGCUCCGAGAAGUCGCGAGAGAAAACACCAGCUUUCGCCUUCCAUCUUCAAUUCUUCAGCUUUGGAAGUUUCUCUGGUUUCUUUCUCCAUCAUCCCUUUGUCAAUUUCUUCUUCCAAGCUCCCAUUUUGAUUCUGUGAAGUGAAUGUGACUCUUUAUUACCUUUUGGGUCCUGCAAAACAAUACCUCUCUCAUUGACCCAAUAUUACCACGCGUCAAUCAAUCUCUCUGAAUAUUGUUGCCACAAGAGAUGAUUCAAUCAUUGUUCACUGUCAUGUUCUUGGAGGCGGUGACGAUAAUGAUGAUCCUUUUUAAAACCCCCUUGAGGAGGCUGGUGAUCAUGGGCUUGGAUCGGGUCAAGCGCGGUCGGGGACCCGUGAUGGCGAAGACCAUGGGAGGGACGGUUCUUGUGAUGCUGUUAUCUAGUGUCCACAGCAUUCUGAAGAUUCAGAAACGAAGGAUUGAGGACGGCGCCAUCAAUCCCACUUAUCAGGUUCUUGUGGCUAAGCACCUUGUUGAAGCAACUCUUAUGGGUGCUGUCCUUUUGCUUGCACUUAUGGUAGACAGACUACACCAUUACAUAAAAGAACUCCAAAUCCGAAGAAAUAACAUGGAGGCUAUGAAGAAAGAAUCCGAAGAAUUGAAGAAAGAAGCCCAAGAAUUUAAAGCUCGAAAGGCUGAAGAAAUCAAAGCCUUGGAAAAAGAAAAGGCCAGAUUGAGCGAAGAACUAAAUCAGCUGGAAUUUGAACUUCAGGCCAAAAUUAAAAGUGUAAGUACUGCAAAAGUCAAUGCAGUUGCUCUAAGGAAACAAUCUGAGGGAUUCCUUGUUGAAUACGAUCGUGUACUCAAGGAAAAGCAAGACCUGCGUGGCCAACUGCAAUCCUUGGACUACCAGAAACUGUCACGCUCAGCUAGUAAGAAGAAUAUGUAAGAAACAUUUUUGCAGGAUGGAGGUGGUUUUCCAAUUGCCUGCCAUAAAUCCUUUUUAAGAUGUUCCUUGAGGAAUAGGCUUCCAAAUUUUAGCUUUUUUGAUGAGGUGGAGAGAAUUUGGAUCAAUUUUGCCCUGGUAAACUGUGAUUUUUUUUUAAUUGAUAAGAUAAAUAUAGUGCUGUCCUGUACUGUCUGUGUAAAUUUUUUUUUUUUUUGGCCAGAUGUAUAGGUGAUUUUUUUUUUAAUCGAAAAUUUUAUUA